GCAGUGGUUUUGGUUUCAAGCAUGCAUUCUCCAUGCCUUUUAUAGCAUAAUGAAGUUCCUAUCAUCUCUGUUACUUUUCACCCAAACCAUAGAAUAAAACGUAUAUAAUAAACCCCAUUUGUUUAAUGAAGGCUUUCACUGUAUAUAUACAUAUAUACAUAUAUAUAUAUAUAUAUUCUCAGUCUUAGAGGAGCAGAAGAAGAUUAGAGAGCAAAAAUGGAGGAUGAUCUUCGAAACGAGUCGUUUGAUUACAGAACAGAGCUUCUUUCUCCAGCCUUAUCAAAACUGCAGAAUGGAACCAUGGCUGCUACAAGACAGUCCUCGUGGAGGAUCAACAUGGAUCAGUAUCGCUUGCCUGAGAGAAACAUGCACGCUCAUUUUGGCUUCGGCUUCUUCCUCAACACAUUAACAGGAAGAGAGAGAAGACUUGCAAAGUACUACAAUAGGCAGGAAAAGGUUCUUCAAGGGUACCAGGAAGUGGAUUCCUAUACUGAAUUGGGCGUAUUACCCAAUAGUUUAACAGAGGAAGAGACGAAGAAGCUAGAGAGGGGAGAGAAGGCAGCAAUAUAUGCGUCAAACAUAUGUAACAUGGUGCUGUUUGUAGCCAAGUUGUUUGCUUCCAUAGAGAGCAGAUCACUGGCAGUGAUAGCCUCCACCCUGGACUCCCUCUUGGAUCUCUUGUCUGGAUUCAUUCUCUGGUUCACUUCUUAUGCCAUGAACAAGCCCAAUCUUCACCAGUACCCCAUCGGCAAGAAUCGCAUGCAACCUGUGGGAAUAGUGGUGUUUGCAUCAGUGAUGGCAACGCUGGGGUUGCAAAUUCUGUUUGAAUCAGCAAGGCAAAUCAUCGCAAAGGCUCAGCCAGAGAGGGAUUCAGAGAAAGAGAAAUGGAUGGUGGGGAUAAUGAUAGGAGCCACGGUGGUGAAAGUAGGGCUGAUGAGUUACUGCAGGAGGUUCAAGAAUGAGAUCGUGAGGGCCUACGCACAGGAUCAUUUCUUCGAUGUCAUCACCAACACUGUUGGCCUCGCCUCUGCUGUUUUAGCUAUCAAAUUCUUCUGGUGGCUUGACCCUCUUGGAGCCAUCAUCAUAGCAGUAUACACAAUAAGUAACUGGUCGAGGACGGUGAUGGAGAACGUGCGGUCACUGAUCGGAAGGACGGCGCCGGCAGAGUACUUGGCGAAGGUGACGUACCUGAUAUGGAACCACGACGAGAGGAUCAAGCACAUCAACACCGUGAGGGCCUACACCUUCGGCUCCAACUACUUCGUGGAGGUUGACAUCGUGCUCCCUAAACACACUCCUCUUCCUCACGCUCACGACAUCGGCGAGACUCUCCAGAACAAGCUCGAGAAGCUCCCUGAGAUCGAGCGAGCCUUCGUCCAUGUCGACCUCGACGCCGCUCAAAAGCUCUCCCCGCACAACCCUCAGCUCCCAGAUUAAUCCGGCCUCAACAGUUCAAGACUAUAUUUUGGGGGAAUUGAAGGCUUGACCUAAUUAAUUUUGGCCCCAAAUCUUACCUUACAGGAGAAUCUGUGUGCGCGCUAGCAUUUCUUUUUAGAAGUAUGAGCAUAUGCUCUAGAGUUUAAGCCAUCUAGAGCUAGUUUCUGAUUAGAGAUACAUGGAUGUGAUGAGAUGUGGCUGUUUCUGGUUUAAUAUUCUUCAACUUCAUAUACAUGUUGUGGGUGAGUGUAUUGAUUGCCAUUUGAUUCAACUUUCAAAAGCAAUUAGUUGUUA